AUGCAAUCAGUCAUUGAAACCACCGACCACAACCAAAUGCAGUCAAUCAUCCAAACCACAGACCACAACGAAAUGCAAUCAGUCAUUGAAACCACAGACCACAACCAAAUGCCACCAAUCAUCGAGGUCACAGACCACAACCAAAUGCAAUCAGUCAUCAAAAUCACAGACCACAACCAAAUGCAAUCAAUCAUCGAAACCACAGACCACAACCAAAUGCAAUCAGUCAUUGAAACCACAGACCACAUCCAAAUGCAAUCAGUCAUUGAAACCACCGACCACAACCAAAUGCAGUCAAUCAUCGAAACCACAGACCACAACGAAAUGCAAUCAGUCAUUGAAACCACAGACCACAACCAAAUGCCACCAAUCAUCGAGGCCACAGACCACAACCAAAUGCAAUCAGUCAUCAAAAUCACAGACCACAACCAAAUGCAAUCAAUCAUCGAAACCACAGACCACAACCAAAUGCAAUCAGUCAUUGAAACCACAGACCACAUCCAAAUGCAAUCAGUCAUUGAAACCACCGACCACAACCAAAUGCAGUCAAUCAUCGAAACCACAGACCACAACGAAAUGCAAUCAGUCAUUGAAACCACAGACCACAACCAAAUGCCACCAAUCAUCGAGGCCACAGACCACAACCAAAUGCAAUCAGUCAUCAAAAUCACAGACCACAACCAAAUGCAAUCAAUCAUCGAAACCACAGACCACAACCAAAUGCAAUCAGUCAUUGAAACCACAGACCACAUCCAAAUGCAAUCAGUCAUCAAAACCACAGACCACAACCAAUUGCAAUCAAACAUCAAAGCCACAGACCAUAACCAAAUGCAAUCAGUCAUUGAAACCACAGACCACAACCAAAUGCAAUCAGUCAUCAAAACCACAGACCACAACCAAAUGCAAUCAAACAUCAAAGCCACAUACCACAACCAAAUGCAAUCAAUCAUCGAAGCCACAGACCACAACCAAAUGCAAUCAAUCAUCGAAAUACAGACCACAACCAAAUGCAAUCAGUCAUUGAAAUCACAGUCCACCAAAAAAUGCAAUCAGUCAUUGCAGCCACAGACCAUAACCAAAUGCAAUCAGUCAUCAAAACCACAGACCACAACCAAAUGCAAUCAAUCAUCAAAGCCACAGACCACUAUCAAAUGGAAUCAAUCAUCAAAGCCACAGAUCACAAACAAAUGCAUUCAGUCAUCGAAACCACAGACCAUAUCCAAAUGCAAUUAG